GCCGCCAACAUUCUCUUUCCAUUUUCCAGCUUCCCCUUAGCCCGCCGGCACGACGUCUGCCUAGCAACCGCUACCGGUCGGCACUCCGUUUUCCGAUUGGUGGAACACUGCUCGUUCGGCCAGUGAUUGCUUUUGCUCCGGGCUCUAGACACGAGUGCAGUGAGUUUGAGGAGGUAUUCCGGCGCCAGAUGGGGCUGUUUCAGUGGCCCGUUUUGCUCCUGCUAGGGGCUGCUGCCUUCCUGCUGGGGGGCUGUUCUGCUGGUCCCCUCCGAUCCCUCCAAGCUCCGCCUGACUCCUCCCGCCCCCUCGGAGAAUCUCGCUCUCUGGGCGGCCAGCGUCGAUUCCCCGACAUCCUUGACUUUGCUCGUUAACCAUGCUGGCAUCUUCUUGGCCCUGGCGGUACCUUUUCUGAUCUGCGGUGGCACUAGUGGGUCAGCAGCCCGUCCUCUUCUCUGGGUCCAUUUGGUACAACAUCACCUACGGGGUGCAGGAUUGCAGCUGCAGCAAGGAAGAGGUGGGAACUGCGGCUAGAGACGCCAAUGCCUUCGCGUUCAUCAAGGAGCUGGAAGGAGGGUUUGCCACAGAUCCAGCAGUCUGUGAUGAACUGCCAGGCCCGGACGGUGCUGAUGAUUGCUCAUUGGAUGCAGACGAUCUUCAUCCCUGCUUGUUUUCGAUUGCUCUUGCUCCAGAUUGCAGAGGCGGGGCCCUUUCUCCCGCUUCGCAGUAAGGGCUUUGCAUGCGACGAGAGCGCGGUGAGUUUCAGGUGCUGCUCCGGAACCAGAUGGGGCUCCUCCAGUGGCCCGUUUUGCUCCUCCUGGCGAUUGCUGACUUCCUGCUGGUCGAGUGUUGUGUAUGACAGCGACACAAGGCAGGCCCUGCCUCAAGUCCCCUGGAUAAAGAAGGUGGAGGGCUACGAUACCAGCUACUGGAACAAGCAGACCGAGAUCUCGCAGGGAGAUGAGCUGGCAUUCAGAGUGAACCUGGUGACUCUGCAGAAUCGCUACAACCAGACUGGAGGAUUUCACUCCCUGCAGGAGAUGUACAGCUGUGAGGUGGGCCCAGAGAACCGCAAAGGAGGGUAUUUUCAGUUUGGCUACGACGGGAGGGACUUCCUCAGCUUUGACAAGGAGACCCUCACCUGGACGGCAGCCCAGGUGGAGGCCCAAGUGAGCAAGAGGAAGCUGGAGAGAGACAGGGCUUUUACCCAGCACUACAAGGCCUACCUGGAGGAGGAAUGCGUUGAGUGGCUGAAGAGAUACUUGGACUACGGGAAGGAGGUUCUGCAGAGGACAGCUGUAUCCCAGUAUUGGAUGACUUUGUCGACUCCUCCGGAGCCUGCUAUGUGCCUUCAAGCUGAUUAUGACUUAUGGGAACCCUAUGAAUCAGUGACCUCCAACAGCAUCUGCCAUGAACCACCCUGUUCAGAUCUUUCCAUGGUAUGCGCAAAGCUCUCCUCCAACAUUACAUUUCAAAUGAGUUGACUUCUUUCUUACCCACUUUUUUCACUGUCCAACUUUCACAUCCAUACAUAGAGAUCAGGAAUACCAUGGUCUGAAUGAUCCUGGCUUUAGUGUUCAGUGAUACAUCUGCAUUUGAUUAAAUCUACUAGUAAAUACUUUUAAAUACCUCCAAUGUGUGAAGCAAUCAAGUACAUUUGCCUUUCUGCUUAUUUUACAGUUAUCUAAACAAUACGUUUUAAAUGCAGUUCUCAUCUAUUAAAUACUAUCUACCUAAUGCUGCUGUUUAUUCUCUGAUUAUUUCAACGAGGUUUGUGCAAGAAGCACAGCCUUAUCACCAUGAGUUAAUACUGCGUAUUAGCACUGCUGGGUAGAUUGCACCCUUCAUUGGUAAUUUAUCCAUCCGGUUAUAUCUUUGUAGCUUUCAUUCAAAUCUGUUUGUGCUGGCAGCACAAGAACAUGAUUUGUACACAGAAAAGGUAUCCACAGCAUCUGUUGACACUCUCCACUUUCACUUUGCUUAAAAAUAUUUUUUAAAAAUGUUGUUAAUACUGACAGCAUGUUUAAACUAUGCAUAUUUUGCAGGCAAUAUUAAAACAUGUUUAUGCAUAAAAAUAGAUUUGGAAUCUAACUGUACAGUAAGCUUUGAUCGUAAAAUUGUUGAUCCUUAACAGAAAAAAUAAUGCCCCCCCCCAAUCAAAGUCUUGAAUUGAGCAAACAUAUUCCAACGUCCUAACAGGAGAUGUAUUUUUUAAAAAGUAGUAUAAUCAUGUAAUAUAAUCUUAGAACUGAUUUGCAGUUCUACUUUGAUGAAUUUUAAUAAAUUUAUUUUUAUUAUGUAUUGAAAUUUAUUUCUCACAUGCAGUCAAGCAUUCACAUGGGACACCACAAGUCAUCUUCUGGGUAGUCUUCCCCUCUCUUCUUUCUCUCUCGAUACAGUAGAAUUGAGAAUAUUAGGGAGGAUGGUAAACAUUUCAAGAUGUAUAUCAGUCUUGUGAGAGACAGUGUGGUGUAGUGGUUAAGGUGCUGGACUACGAACUGGGAGACCAGGGUUCAAAUCCCCACAUAGCUAUGAAGCUGACUGGGUGACCUUGGGCCAGUCACUGCCUCUCAGCCUCAUAAAACCCUAUUCAUAGGGUCGCCAUAAGUCAGAAUUGAUUUGAAGGCAGUACAUUUACAUUACAUCAGUCUUGUAUUUAAAUGCUCACUUGGUAGCCUAUGGUGACCAGGAAUUCCAAAUAGGUGAGUGGAAUUUCUUCCAGGUGAGUGAGUAGGCCUGAAAGGGGAAGUGGCGCUUUCCCAGCUCAUAAGAGAGAGAUUCUAGUUCCCGAGGCUUGUGCUUGUACUGACAGAGCAAGCAAUAAAGAGGUACUGCAGUAACCCACCUGCUAUUG